ACAGACCUCGUGUCAACUUCGAGUGAGAGGCUUGUGGUUAGAGCAGGGUGCGAUGAUGAGUGGCGCCGCAGAAGAGGAAAUCACAGAUAAAGGGGAAGAGGCAGUGAGAUGAGAAAGCUGGACAAUUAGACAUGAUGAGAGGGGCUCUGAUUUCCCUUGCCCUGUGCCUUCCUCACCUCUUCGCCACUCUUGUCCUCCAUUCCACCAUUGCGGCUUCACCGAGCGCCACAGAAACCACAACAACAGUUCUAGACCUUAGUAUCAGCACUCCAACAUCAGACCCCCUGAUGCUUCCACUCUCCACAACUGAAAACCACCCUGGUAGGACUAGUGGCACGUCUAAAACACCAUUGAAGAAAAGCACUAGCUUAGCAGCUGUCAACAACUCAGGCCGAACGACUCAUGGAAGAGGCAUUCUCGGAACAGGAACUGCCACCACAGCCGUACAGAAGAGCAACAGGCACACAACUGCAGGAGACUUGAGGAAGGAAACAGAGAGCCACAAUCACCAUGAGACUCUUCCCUUCAGCAGACACACAGCCUCACCCACAACUGACCACCCCAGCAUCACCACUCUCCCCAGGGAGGAAGGGACUGAGUAUCAUGACAGCAGCAACAUUGAAAUAGCGAGAGAACUGAACACACCAAAUUCCAUAGAGACUUGGGCUGCUGACACCAGUAAUGACUCCAGGCUAGCGAAGCCACACUUAGACAGAUCACAAGCAGCAGACCAGCACACUGCUACACAAGGACUAGAGACUGCUUCAGGAGAUUACCACACAACACAGAGAGACUUCUUCACAUUCACCCCAACUAGUAGAGCGACAGGUUUGAACAGAGGUAAACAAAGUAAGGCCAACAGCGUCGCAACAACAACGACGGUUUCACCUACGUACACAGUCACACGUCCUGGUUUGUAUGAGCACAUGACCGUGACUUACAGGGCUACCGGCUACAAAACACAACCUGACGACACAAGCCAGUUUAAGGACUACACCACAGCCACAGUUUCAAUCCCCCAUGCUGACAAUAGCACAGCUCCAUAUAUCAAUGCAAACACAUUUACAGAUAAUAACACAGACAACUACACAGACACACUUUCAUACAGUAAUACCACAACCUCUAAUAAUCGUAACACAACAGUACAUUUGAAUAAGAAAACUCAUACUCAUUCCCUUGGACACAACCACACAAUCUCAGGCUAUGACAACAGGCUGAACUACACAACUGAAAACAAUGUGCAUCAUCGUCCUGAGUGCGGAGAGGCAGACGAAAGGUCCCCAUCAUUGCCUCCUGGCUCUUCUAGACUGGUCUGUUUCAUUGUUCUGUGGGCUCUGGGAUUGACUGCUUCGGUCUUCCUUGGUCUCACCGUCUUCCUAUCGGUGCGUUUGUCAGUCCAGAGAGAGAGGGAGAGGAGAGUGAGGAGAGGAGGAGAGAAGGUGUCAGGGGUGGAUCUGGAGAACCUGUGGGUUGACCAGAUAUCAUCGGCGGAGGAGAGGGUGGAAUUCUGGUACGCCAACGGCUCCACCGUGGGACCCGGCCAUAAACAGAGGGAGAGAGGGAGGGAGAGGGUGAAGGAGAGGGGGAGGAGGGAGCAGGUGAGGCAGAAAGGGGUAGAGUGUGACAACCUGUGGGCUCAACCCAAAGUGACACUGGAGGACAUCACUGAUUUCUGGUAUGCAAAUGGAAGCGCGAUACCAGAAGAAACUACAGACCAAACAUUGUUGGAGACCUGCGUAUGAUUCAGUUUUUUGUACUACAGUGCUACAAUUUACCUGGAAUUACUUUGGAGAGAAAUGUUCAUGCUUAGUUCACCAAUUCCAUGGCAGAUUUGAAAACUAUAAUCCUGACAGAGUUUAAACAUUUCCAAUAUGAAUUGAUAAUCUGUAUGUUUAUUGGCUGUAACAAAAGUAUAAGAUCUACAUAAGUCUACUGAAAGACAGAUUAAGCCUGGGUCUGAUCAGAGAGAGAGGAAUAGAGAGAGAGAUUAGAACAACAUGUCUAACUGGAAAUAACACUUGAUAAGAGAGUUCCCAUUUUAAGACAAUUCAGACCUUGUUAGUGACACAUCAUCGUCAUGUGUCAAACAGCAACGAGGAGAAAGGUGCCAUUUCUACAAACACACCGAGACAAAUACCGUUGACUCCUAAUACUGUACAUGCACUGUUAUCAGGAGCUAGUCAAAUAAAAAGGAUUGGUGAACUGCACUGGGCAUAAACAAUUUAGCUUAAUUUAUCUGACUGACACGUUUUCAUGCGUACUGUAUUCCAGAUAAUAGUAUAGUUAAGGUCUUAUUAUAGAUAAGCUGUUUAAAUACAAUUUGAUUUGAUUUGAAAGGUGUAUGUCACAUUCACGUGUUUAGCAGAUGUUAUUGCAGGUGUAGCGAAAUGCUUGUGUUUCUAGUUCCAAUA